AUGAGCACCUUCGCAGCCUCUGUUACCCAGGAGGCUUCGAUUGAGGACCUCUCGGAGCUCGCGACAGUACUUAAAGUGGGACUGGGAGCACGCAUCAAGGACAGGACGCACCGGCUGCGCUCCUACAAGCGCUGCUUUCCCGGCUCCGCCGGCGUGGCGUGGCUGGUUGCCAACGGCCACGCCGCCGACGCCGACGGUGCGGUCGCGCUGGGCAACGCGAUGCUGCAAGCGGGGCUGCUGCAUCACGUGGCUUACGAGCACACAUUCAAGGACAGCGAGCUGCUGUACAAGUUCACCGCCGACGACGAGGCGGGCCCAGUGCGGGAGCUUGCGGGCGGCCACCUCAGCGGUGUCGCCAGCGCCGACGGCAGCGCGACGCCGGUCGUGCCUGGCACCCCCACCGCCGCGCACGCGCACGCGCAGGGCGGGCUUCACACGAUGGCGUCAGAGCCCUUUCGCGGCAGCACCCGCGCCCGCGCCUCCACGGGCGGCGGCAACGCGCAGGCGCAGGCACACCCGCACGCGCACCGCGCGCUGAUCAACGCGCAGAUCCACGGCCUGAACGCGCGGCUGGAGCGCCUCGCCGGCCAGCACGCCGCACUCGCCGCCGCCACGGCGCAGCAGCAGGAGGCGUUGGAUGGGCAGGCCGCCGCGGACGUGCGGGAGGUGCGGGAGGCGGUCGCGCAGCUGGCGGCAGCGCUGGCGCCGACGCAGCGGCAGGUGCUGCAGAUUGCCACGCAGGUGGCGCAGCUGCAGUCCCAGAUGUCCUCCCAGCGCGCCCUCGUCGGCACGCAGCACGCCAUCAUGGCCAUAGCGAUCCUGGCAAUGGGCACUGGCUGGGCCGCACCGGCCCUCUGGGGGCUCGCCGCCGCGGCGGUCGGCGGCCUGGUGGCCGUCCUGCUCGGCUGGGGCGCGGACGACUCCGCCGCCGCCGCCGAGCGCAGCAGCGCCGCGCUCGAGCUGCUCGGCGCGCAGCGGCGCGCGUCGCAGCAGCGCGCCGCCGGCUUGGCGGCAGGCGCGGGCGCGGGGGCCGGCGCGGGUGGUGCGGGCGGCUCUGGCGGCUCGUCGCCGCGGCUGCGGCCCGUGAACGUCCCCGGCGGCAAGAGCGACGGCCGCGGCGCGCUGCGCGUGCUGGCCGCGGCGUCAGAGGGGUCGUCGGCGUCGGACGCGCCGGCGCCCGCGACGGCGGCGGUGGAGGCGCUGCAGUGCGGCCGCGUGAUCCGCGGCAAGUCGAUCGACAGCCUGGUGCGUCUUGCAUGCAACCCUGUAGCUUCCCUUGCAAUCCUGGAAGCCCCAGGCUGA